AACAACAUCACAGCUACAUCACAGCACUUCAUAGUUGGCGUGGUGAUGGCCGCGGCCCUGGUCAGGGCUCUCGUCGGCUUGUUCGCUGUGGGCGCCGGCGAGGCGCGUCGCACGAGCCUCGCCAUGCAGUACAAGCCUCUGCGCCGCCACGCGAAUCUGUUUGAGGACUGGACGGAGUGGGUGCACCCGCCGCUGCUUCACGCGAUCCGCUCUUCCAAUGCGAGCGCGCUGCUCGAUCUGCUGCGAGAGGAGGCCGGCGGAGGCGACAGCUCCGGCGUCUACUCACUCCCGCUCUUUCUCGACGCAGAAGGAGGGUGCGCGUUCUGCGACUUGCUGCUGGACGAGCUGGACGGGUACUAUGCCUCCGGGCUGCCCAUCGAGCGGCCAAACUCGAUGAACAAUUAUGGCAUCAUCGUCAACGCCAUCGGGAUGCGGCCUGCGAUCGACCGGCUGCAAGCGGCGGUGCUGCACCCCCUGGCCGCGCUUCUGUACCCCGAGCAGGCGCGCCGCGAGAUGUAGUCGAGAUCGAUCCGAGACCGAUCCGAGACCGAUCCCGGCAGCUGGGCUCUGUCGGGCAUGAGUCAACGCCAUGAGUGGCGCCACGCACGAGAGCGGCUGCGGCAUGAAGCGGCAAACCGCGGAGGGCGGGUUCACGUCGCACCACUCCUUCAUGGUCAAGUACAAGGCGGGGCAGGACCUCGGCCUCGACAUGCACACGGAUGACUCCGACGUCACAGUCAACGUCUGCCUCGGCAAGGACUUCCGCGGCGCCGCAAACCAGAUGCGGAGGACGGAGACGGCUGUGUGUCCCGACGAGCACUCGAGACGACACCCGACCCGCUGUGUUCGGCCGUCUUCCACCGUGAUCCUCCGCCUCAGCCGCGCGCUUCUCCACCUCGGCUCGCGGCGGCACGGCGCCGACGACAUCGCCAGUGGCGAGCGCAACAACCUCAUCGUCUGGAACCAGAAUGCGAGGUACCGCGCCUCGCCAGGCUACGUCAACCGGCAGCCGUACUUGCGCGAGGCGGCCCCGCCCGACAAGCGCUGCCUGAGCUACACGCACGACCGCGACUUCGGCGACUUCACAGCCUACCCGCCCGGCCUCGAGGAGUUCCGCGGGCGCGGCUGGUGCCCUCCCGCCUUCGCGUGCUACGACAGCAUGGCGCCUGCCCUCAAGAAGGACGAGCUGUGAAGCUGCGCGGCGCGUGAGGUGCCGCGCUUGCCUCGUAAAUCCCCUGCUCGGCGCGGAGCGAUGACGUCCGGCUUUGGGUCUCAUCUAGACAUAGGAAGGGAGAAGCUUGUGUGUUUGUAGUGUGUGUGUGUGUGUGUAGCCCGACCAGCGAUAUGGCAAAAGCUUUGUACUAUUCUCA